AUGGCGUCCAACCGCACUCGCCGCAUUGCAAAGGAGAUCGCGGAUAUCCGCGCAGACACCCACUCCCAGAUCACCGCCGAGCCGGUGGGCGACGAAGACGACAUCACACAUCUCCGGGGCUCGUUCCCAGGGCCGCCUGGGACUGCGUACGAGGGCGGUACAUUCAAAGUCGACAUUAGAAUCCCCACCGAAUAUCCUUUCCGACCGCCAGUGAUGAAGUUUGUGACCAAGGUGUGGCACCCGAACGUCAGCAGUCAAACGGGUGCCAUCUGCCUUGACACUUUAUCGUCCGCCUGGUCACCUAUCCUCACCAUCAAAGCUGCCCUCCUCUCGCUGCAGUCGCUACUGAGCACACCCGAACCGAAAGACCCGCAAGACGCCGAAGUCGCUGGUAUGCUGCUUCGGAAUCCCAAAGAGUUCAACCGUGUGGCGCGGGAGUGGGCUGCUCAGUAUGCGGGGGCUCCUAGGACAUUUGCUGGUGAGGGUAGUGGUGGUGCGACGGACGAGUCGCUCAGACAGCUGGAGCAGAAGGAGAAGGCGGACCGCGAGAGGGAGGAUCUUUCCAAAUAUGACGGAUAUAAUAAGCAGUUGAUUGACCGGUUCUGCCACAUGGGCUUCGACGUGGACCAGGUUGUGGCAGCCUUCAACUACUACGGCAUCGACAGGAAUAACGGCGAAGACUAUGAACUGGAGGAGGCCUACAUGGGCGAUGUCACAGCACGGCUCCUCGGUGAGCCAUAG